GGCUGCUGUCACCCGCCUACACCGGGUUGUUCCAUCCGGAAACGGUGAGGGGUUGCGGAUGAAUCGAAGACUCUCUUCCCAAACCUUUCUCCCGUUUUAGUCACCAGAGGACUUUCGACGAGCGGCAUUCUCCAGACCAGCUGGCCGGAGUCAGGUGCCUCUCAUCUCCUCUUGCUGCCUCCGAUCUGGCUGACGUGACGUCAGGGCGCUGUUCUCCUCCGCUAGUGCUGAAUCCAAGAUGGCUGGGGCGUUGGACAAGUGAGGCGAGCCGCUCCGUGCUGCUUUAGGAGCGACCUGACAUGAGACGACAGGACAGCAGGAGGAAAGGAGAACCAGCGCGGAGAUAAAGCCGGACCAGGCAGGGGAGAGGGAGCCGAGCAGCCAUGUCCCUGUUGUGCGUCGGAGUAAAGAAAGCCAAACUCGAUGGUCCGCAGGAGAAAUUCAAUACGUAUGUGUCACUCAAGGUUCAGAAUGUGAAGAGCACAACGAUCGCUGUUAGGGGCAGCCAGCCAUGCUGGGAACAAGAUUUUAUGUUCGAGAUCAGCCGCCUUGAUCUUGGGCUAACGGUGGAGCUAUGGAACAAAGGUCUCAUCUGGGACACCAUGAUGGGCACAGUGUGGAUCCCUCUGCACAGCAUCCGCCAGUCAAAUGAGGAAGGCCCAGGAGAGUGGCUCACCCUUGACUCCCAGGUGAUCAUGGCAGACAGUGAGAUCUGUGGCACCAAGGACCCUACCUUCCAUCGCGUUCUUCUUGACACACGCUUUGAGUUGCCUCUUGAUAUCCCAGAGGAGGAGGCACGCUAUUGGGCAAAGAAGUUGGAACAGCUGAAUGCCUUGCGGGACCAGGAUUACACAGACCAGGAAGAGCAGGAGCACCCGCUUCCUGUGCCAGGGACUCAGUGCUGUAACUUGAAUCUCUGGUGGGACCAGCAAAAUGAUGACCCUGACAGUGCGGUGGAUGACCGGGACAGUGAUUAUCGUAGUGAGACCAGUAACAGCAUUCCACCACCUUAUUACACUACCUCCCAACCCAAUGCCUCUGUCCAUCAGUAUCCAAUGAGGCAUCAGCAGCAGAUCUCACGGGACUCAUACACAAGCUCUAUGCACAGCUGUGAUUUGGACUCUUCUGAUCACCAGAGGGCAAUGAGCCCGACUGGCAGUAGUCGAUAUGCAUCUUCAGCAGAGCUGAGUCGGGGGAGCUCCCAGCUCAGUGAAGAAUUCUAUCCUGAGGAAGACAAUGAGAGCCUUCGAGGGUCAGAGCUGGAUGAUGACCCAGAAGCAGAGGAGUCCUACCACUCCUGCCACAGCUCAGUCAGUUAUACCAAGGAGUCACCUGACUGGGAGACAGAUGAACCUCCUGGCAUCUACAGUGAUGAGGGAGAGGAGGAGGUUGGCUACGAGCAGGGAGAUGAGUUCUAUGAGGAAGAAGAAAUCUAUGAACCCGAGGAAGACCAGGGUGCCUAUGAGGAAGAGCCCCUUUAUGAUGAGGAUAUUGAUCUUUACUUAACUGAGCAGCAGGAAGAGACAAUACCGGCCCCCUUGGCAUCAGUCAAGCCCACUCUGGAAAAGCAGCCAUCCCUCUCCCAACAGAUCCCUUCUCAGACUACAGAGGAGGCAGCUCCAGAAAAUCGGCAGGCACCUGAAGAACCACUGCCCACACAGCCUGAUGCUGUGCCCCCAACAGAGCCAGAAAAGCUGCCGGACAGCUUUGGUGUGGAGGAGCCUGUGGGGCAUGACUCCAUGUCCAGAGCUAAGGCUAACUGGCUGAGGCUCUUCAACAAGGUCCGAAUGCAGCUACAGGAGGCUCGUGGAGAAAAUGUUGGGGCUCAAUCCUUAUGGUUUAAAGGGGGGCCAGGUGGGGCGCUGUAUAGCAUAGACAGCAUGCCUGACCUUCGAAAGAGGAAAGCGGUGCCUCUAGUUAGAGAUUUGACUCUGGUUAAUUCUCGAAAAGUAGGGAUCCCCUCUGCACUUGCUUCCAGCACUCUGAACAAUGAGGAGCUGAAGAAUCAUGUGUACCGAAAAACACUGCAGGCCCUCAUCUACCCCAUCUCCUCCACAACACCCCACAACUUUGAGGUGUGGACAGCCACCACGCCUACCUACUGCUAUGAGUGUGAGGGACUGCUGUGGGGCAUUGCACGCCAGGGUAUGCGUUGCACAGAAUGUGGAGUGAAAUGUCACGAAAAGUGCCAGGACCUGCUGAAUGCUGACUGUCUUCAAAGAGCUGCUGAGAAGAGCUCCAAACAUGGUGCUGAAGACAGGACGCAGAAUAUCAUCCAGGUUCUUAAAGAUCGGAUGAAAAUACGAGAAAGGAACAAGCCAGAGAUCUUUGAGCUUAUUCAAGAGGUUUUUGGUGUGGUUAAGGGUCCCCAUGCCCAACAAAUGAAACAGAUCAAACAAAGUGUGCUUGAUGGAACAUCCAAGUGGUCAGCUAAGAUCAGUAUCACAGUGGUCUGUGCUCAAGGUCUUCAAGCCAAGGAUAAGACAGGCUCUAGUGAUCCAUAUGUAACCGUUCAGGUUGGCAAAACUAAGAAGAGGACAAAGACCAUAUAUGGAAAUCUGAACCCCGUUUGGGAAGAGAAUUUCCACUUUGAGUGCCACAACUCCUCGGACAGGAUUAAGGUUAGAGUCUGGGAUGAAGAUGAUGACAUUAAAUCCCGGGUCAAACAGAGGUUUAAGCGCGAGUCUGAUGAUUUCCUGGGUCAGACAAUCAUUGAAGUUCGAACACUGAGUGGAGAGAUGGAUGUGUGGUACAAUUUGGACAAGCGUACAGACAAGUCUGCUGUGUCUGGAGCAAUUCGGCUGCAAAUAAGUGUGGAGAUCAAGGGCGAGGAAAAGGUGGCACCCUACCACGUACAGUACACUUGUUUGCACGAGAACCUGUUCCAUUAUGUGACAGAUGUUCAAAACAAUGGUGUGGUCAAAAUCCCUGAUGCCAAGGGGGAUGAUGCCUGGAAGGUCUACUUUGAAGAAACAGCACAAGAAAUUGUGGACGAGUUUGCCAUGCGUUAUGGUGUGGAGUCCAUUUACCAGGCAAUGACGCAUUUUGCUUGCCUCUCCUCCAAGUACAUGUGUCCAGGUGUCCCUGCAGUUAUGAGCACUUUGCUUGCCAACAUUAAUGCCUACUACGCUCACACCACCGCUUCCACCAAUGUUUCUGCUUCAGACCGCUUCUCAGCCUCAAAUUUUGGGAAAGAAAGGUUUGUGAAACUUCUGGACCAGCUACACAACUCCCUGAGGAUUGACCUUUCUACAUACCGAAACAACUUCCCUGCCAGCAGCCCUGAGCGUCUACAAGACUUGAAAUCGACAGUGGACCUACUCACCAGCAUUACAUUUUUUAGAAUGAAGGUGCAAGAGCUGCAAAGCCCACCCAGGGCCAGUCAGGUUGUAAAGGACUGUGUGAAAGCAUGCCUGAACUCCACUUAUGAAUAUAUUUUUAACAACUGCCAUGAGUUGUACAGUCGGGAAUAUCAGACUGACCCAGCUAAGAAGGGUGAGCUACCACCAGAAGAGCAGGGACCCAGUAUCAAAAACCUUGACUUUUGGUCCAAACUCAUCACACUUAUUGUGUCCAUCAUCGAGGAGGACAAGAACUCUUACACGCCAUGUCUUAACCAGUUCCCGCAGGAGUUGAAUGUGGGUAAGAUCAGCGCAGAAGUCAUGUGGAAUCUGUUUGCUCAGGACAUGAAAUAUGCCAUGGAAGAACAUGACAAGAACCGUUUGUGUAAGAGCGCAGACUAUAUGAACCUGCACUUUAAGGUCAAAUGGCUAUACAAUGAAUAUGUGACAGAGUUGCCUUUCUUCAAAAACCGUGUUCCAGAAUACCCUGCCUGGUUUGAGCCUUUUGUUAUUCAGUGGCUUGAUGAAAAUGAGGAAGUUUCUCGUGAUUUCCUGCAUGGGGCUCUUGAAAGGGACAAAAAGGAUGGGUUUCAACAAACCUCAGAGCAUGCACUUUUCUCCUGCUCUGUGGUGGAUGUCUUUUCUCAGCUCAACCAGAGUUUUGAAAUCAUAAAGAAGCUGGAAUGUCCAGAUCCACAAAUUGUUGGUCACUACAUGAGAAGAUUUGCCAAGACCAUCAGCAAUGUGCUGCUUUCCUAUGCUGAUAUUAUUGCCAAGGACUUUGCAAACUACUGUUCCAAAGAGAAAGUGCCAUGUAUCCUGAUGAACAACAUACAGCAGCUACGAGUUCAGCUGGAGAAAAUGUUUGAGGCUAUGGGAGGCAAAGAUUUGAAUGUAGAGGCCAGUGACAUCCUGAAAGAAUUACAGGUAAAGUUGAACAAUGUCUUGGAUGACCUCAGCAGAGUUUUUGCUACUAGCUUCCAGCCACAUAUUGAAGAAUGUGUCAAGCAAAUGGGUGACAUUCUAAGCCAAGUGAAGGGUACAGGCAAUGUACCAGCCAGUGCCUGUAGCAGUGUAGCCCAAGAUGCAGACAAUGUACUGCAACCAAUAAUGGAUUUCCUGGAUAGCAACCUGACCCUUUUUGCAAAGAUCUGUGAGAAAACAGUUUUGAAACGUGUCCUUAAGGAAUUGUGGAAGUUGGUGAUGAACACAAUGGAGAAGACUAUCGUGUUGCCACCUCUCACUGAUCAGACGGGAAGAGUGAAGCUUGUGUGUCACACUGAUGGCACACAGCUGAUCUUUAAUGCAGCAAAGGAACUGGGACAACUUUCUAAGUUGAAGGACCAUAUGGUAAGAGAGGAAGCUAAGUCACUAUCGCCAAAACAGUGUGCUGUUGUGGAACUUGCCCUGGACACUAUAAAGCAAUACUUCCAUGCAGGUGGAGUUGGUCUAAAGAAGACCUUCCUAGAGAAGAGUCCCGACCUGCAGUCCCUGCGCUAUGCCCUCUCCCUGUACACACAAGCCACGGACACGCUCAUUAAGACCUUUGUUCAAUCCCAGAAUGCACAGGGCUCUGGAGUAGAUGAUCCCGUUGGGGAAGUGUCUAUACAUGUGGAGCUGUUUACACAUCCUAACACUGGCGAGCAUAAGGUUACAGUCAAGGUGGUGGCAGCAAAUGACCUCCGAUGGCAGACUUCUGGGAUUUUCCGUCCGUUUGUGGAGGUGAACAUCAUCGGCCCGCAUCUUAGUGACAGGAAGAGGAAAUUUGCCACUAAAUCCAAAAAUAAUAGCUGGGCUCCCAAGUACAACGAGACCUUCACCUUCACCCUGAGCAAUGAGACAGGCCCAGAGUGUUAUGAGCUGCAGAUCUGUGUCAAGGACUACUGUUUUGCCAGAGAAGAUCGCACCGUGGGCAUUGCCGUCAUGCAGCUGAAGGACCUCAUGACAAGGGGGAGCGUAGCAUGCUGGCUGCCACUGGGCAAACGGAUACACAUGGAUGAGACGGGUCUGACGGUGCUACGUAUUUUGUCCCAACGCAACAAUGAUGAAGUAGCCAGGGAGUUUGUCAAGCUGAAAUCUGACACCCGCUCAGCUGAGGAGGGCAGCUAGGGGGUAUGGAGUGAUAACCAGAUAUUGACAAGAUGGGAUGGGCAAACCCUCCCUCUCUUUUCAAAUCAUCCCGCCCAUUGCUCUAAACCUCAUGCCCUUCAGUGGAGGGGAUGAGGAAGGGGGCAAUAACACUUUCUGAAGGACACACAUCUUGUGCACUGUAGAACGGAAUGGUUAUAGCUGACUGCAUGUUACAUCAAACCCAGCUCAACCAAUACCCCCCCCACCCCCACCCCCACCCCCCAGGGGAGAAGAGGACUGUUUUUCAGUUGGGUUAAUGGGAGCUCUCUCCAUUAUGCAAAUCUAGGACACCCGACAUCCUAGUCUGCUCCAGAAGGCAUGACCACAUGGGCAAUAGAAGACAGAGCUCAGUUAGGAGCCAUUUCUGCAAGUCUGUGGUCAAAAAAGAGUGGAGCAGAGCAUUAUGCCGGAGUCCGAAUGCAAUAGCCAUUGAGAAGCCUCUCUCCUUGAACCGCAAAGGCGUUUCUAAUUACUAAGGACUUAACUUAGUUAUUAAAAAAAAAAAAUCUGCACUUCUUUAAAAGAGAAAACCAUUAACAUGGGUGUCUUGUUUGUUCCAUUUUUAUGUCAGUGCAGGAGCACAGUGCCCCCUGGCUGUGGGUUAGGUUAGUGAAAGUCUAUCUGUGCAUUCCUGUGUAAAUUCUUCAACGUGCGCAUGAGAAUUUGGAUGCCUUUUAGCACUGUGACUGAAUAAAUCCCAACCCUCCCCACGUGCACAAACACUUUGCAGACUGGAAAAUUCACUGAAUGGGAAAGAAAAAUAAAAAAGAACAAAACUACAGAUGUGAAAUUCUUCAGACCCAAACAAGACUGUUUACUUGCCAGACUGCCAAACUGUCACCACUGGGGCCUCUGUGUUCAGACUCUUUCAUUGGGAUUUUUUUUUAUUUUGUUGUUUUUUUUAAUUAUUUUUUAUUUAAUUUCAUUGUUUUUAACAAGUAACAUUCCGCUGCACGUGCCCCCACCUUUCCCCUUUGCUCUUGGGUGAGGCGGGGGCCACAAGGGAUGCGUAAUAAAUGCACCACCGCGUGUCUGCAUGUGUGAUGUCCUCAUCUAUUGUCUAACUAGUCGAAGAGCAGAGACACAAAUCUUCCCUUUCUCUAUCUCUCCAGAAUGCACUUUAUGUAUGCAUCUCAAAAAAUAAUUUUCAAAAAUAAAAUCAUCUCCCUGUUAAGACAGGCUCUGAACCUCUGCAACCGUGAACUGGAUUAAGUGGGUCUGAUACUGGAUAGAUGAGAGAACAUAUUGCAGUUGUCUCUAAAUUUCGCUUAAAUGUGUCCAGAGCUGCUAUGAACAUCUAAAUCCUUAACUCUAAAUGAAACAUUAGGGAACCUACAAUGCCCUCUGUCCCACUGUAGCCUACCCAUGACAAUCAUGGACAUCACUUCUCUAACAGAUUUAUGGGAUGUAACAAGUAUUCAAGUCACUUGACUUUUUUACCUUUAAUUGUGCCACAAUAUAGAAUUUGAAAAGCAUUUGGUUUUAAGAUUUUGCCAUUGGUAAACGCAAAUACUUCAUAAUGUCAAAGUAAAACAAAAUUCCUCAGAUCCUUCUAAAUAAAUUAUUAAUAAAAACAACAUAAUAUGACUAUGACAACACAAUGCCUUAGCACUGCAACCUCAUUGAAACGGUUAAAAUUGUAACCCCAAUCUUUUUUGAUAUGAAGUUUGCAGGUUCUCCCCAUUUGUUUUCUCAGAGUGCUUUAUCAUUGAUUGGUCCUAGGGAGACCCUGUUUUCAUUUUCAGACUCUUUAUUACGUAGACCUGAACAGAGUGUCCAGGCUCCUUACUAUAAACCUUGUACUAUAAGUUUACGCUCGCCAGGCUAUCGCAAAAAUACAGUUGCAGUCUGCAGGUCCAGUCAUGCCCUUUCUUUUUUAUCUACGACCCCAAGCAACAAGACAGAGUACCAAAGCAUAGCAGGAGAGAAAAUUUAAACUUACUAGGGGACUCUGCCCCCUGCUCGCUUCACUUGCCCACCCCCGGGUUUGGUUUACUGGAUAUACAUUUAAAGAGAUUGUUAUUUUUAUGGGAAUUGUUACAUAUGCAUUAUUUUCACUUUUACUUUAAAACUUUUGUAAAAACAAUAUUUGGAAUUAACUUUUCUUCAAGAUUGCAUUGAAUUUUGAUUCCGUGUUUGGACUUACAUCGUGACAGCGCAACGUAUAACUGCCUGUGAGUGAAUAUCGUUUCUUUCUCUCUAAUAAAUAAAACGACUUUCUCGAAUGUUUGUCCAUGCUUUUUCUUCUUCGCUUUGUCAUUGACGUGUCAUCUAGAACGUAAAAAAUUAUUGUCCUGAUAAAAUUUAUAUGAGCUGAGAGCGCUAGAAGUGAGUCUGCCAAAAGCAUUCACACGACUGAGGUUAGAUGACCGUGGUCUUGUUUGAAAAUAGUUGUAAGUAGGGCGUGACUUGAAAGAAUCUCAUGUUAAAAGUCUCCAUCUCAUGGGACUAAAUACCGCACCAACGUUUUUGGAAUCUUUUGAUUCUCGCUGGCAACACGAAUUAGACGAUCUACAAGUCUCUGAACAAAUCCAAACAAUAUAUUUGAUCUCUUUUCACUGUUCUGUUAUUUCACCGAGUAAUAAUUUUCAUUUGUUUGCGCUAAUGCGAUCUUUACUAUCCUUUUUUGAGUCUUUUGAAUUUUCAUACUUCCAUUAUCUCUAACCUGCUGUGCUACCUGAUGUAUUAACUUAGAGUUCCUAAAUGUGGCCAAAACAAAAGCAAAGUAAAAUGAGUAUGACAAAAUAAUAUGAAUGCAACCUGGAUGUGUAGCAACCCGUACUAUCGCCGGAUCAAUUUGUGCCUCUUCUGGCACCUAUACAGCAGGUGUCUAUUCCUCUGCUUUAGGCCAAUAGGAGAGGCCACUUGGGCUCUCUUUCUUGGUCUCCCCCUGCUUGCGCCUGCCACUGCACUGGAAGAUUGCUGAUUUCAAUAUGGGCGUAAACAUUUUUGUCUCUAUGAUCUUAAGCUGAUAUUGUUGCAAAUUUGUUAUGGAUUUUCCUACUCUUGCCCCCUAAACUAAAACACAUUCACAAAGACGUCCCCUACACUAAAACUCUGAUUAUGAGUGAUGCCUGAACAAUGGACCACUCCUCAAUAAGUACUCACUACUUUUUGCACAAACAGCACACGGGUAUCCCCAGAUAUAACUUAAACCUAAACUCUCAUACACAUUGAUCUGACAAAGAGCCUAGACACACUUAUCAGCCCACAAUGCAUUAAUCCCAUUGUAACAUCUUCUCUGGUGGGACAUUCCACUCAGCCUGCUAAUACUGUGGGCACCCUGUGAAUACUAUAUUCCUCAAUCACUAAGAAAAACAACGUUCAUAAAUGGGAUGAAAGACGUGGUUACACCGAAGUCCUUCUGACUAUAUAGUUUUCUUGUGAAGGGGUCCUAAGGUGACCCUCCUCUCACUUUACGUUGUUGUGUUGCUUCAUGGCUUCAUUUUUUUUUUAAAUUUGGUUUUCCCUGCCCAUUUUAGUGUUUUGCUGAUCCCCUUUUGGAUUUUAUUUCAUGGGAAAUAAACUUAGAAUACUAAUUCUUAUUCUCUAAGUGUAAUUACGAUUUUGAAGAUUUUUGGUGCAGUUUCUAUUGUUUUGUUUCCUCACAUACGCUACCAUUUUAUGUUAAUCGUUUAUGCAUUUCUGUGGCAACAUCCUGGAUAUUCCUGACGUGUUAUGUCUAUUAUGUAACAGAAGAAAAAUGUGCUGCUUCCACAUGAUCUGUAUCAGAGAUUGUGGAUAAGGAGCUAAAACAAAACAACCCAUUUCUAAUAAGUGUUUCUUGAUAUUCUGGCUUUUUAACUAUGGUUUCUGUCUUUUAUAUUUGGCGUUGGCACAUCUCUUAUUGUCUUUACUAUUUCUACCUGUGUUUUGUUCCUUGACUUUGUCUCAUCUGAUCCUUAAAACCUUUUGAUGCUAUUUCUAUCAUAGCAGUACACUUUCGGACUCAUUGUUCAGGUCUAUGUGAUAAGAGUGUCACCAACUCCCGCUAUAGCCCUCAUGUGUUUACAUGUAGCAGUCUGUCACAAACCAAAAACAAACAGGAGAGAAAGCUUACACUUUUAUCAUGCAUUAUAGAUUAACAUUAACUUAAGAUUCCUAAUGUGCUGAAAAAAAGCAAAGAAGUGAGUGUGACAAAAUAAUACUAAUACAACCUGGAUAGGCAGCAGCUCGUCUUCCUAGGAGUCCAGGCAUAUUGCUGGCUGUUUGUCUUAGUAAGCCAAGUGGAUUCUGAACCAGCAUUGUCUCUGAAUGGAUAGAAUGAUGCAGAGAGACUGAGACACUUGGAUGCUCUGUUAGCCUAAAUUUAUGUUGGUCUUGUUCUUCCUUGGUGUACCUCUUAGGUUAAUGGAACAACAUAGUGUAAGGCCAACUCCCCUCUCAUGUUCAGACCUCUCUUUGACCGAUCCUGUUUAGGCAUUCCUUAUGUCAUUGAAACUUCUACUAACUCAACUUUUCACCGUAGCCCUUGAGCUAGGUCAAACUUGUUUUCGUCCAUCAAUAUUUAGUUUAUAUUGGCUCUGAUUUGGUAUUCUCUGAGUAGAACACACACAUAUCUGUGUACAGCAGGUUUUGUUUACGUCAAUUAGUUGUUAUCCAAUCUUUAUCAAUCAGAAUUGGUAAAAGUAGUGUGGUAAACAGUAGGAACAUUCAAAAUCUGACUUGAUAUUAUUUUGGUGGAAUUAGGUGGAUAGAAUUGAUGAGCAUUGUUGAGCUAAAUGGUCUGUUCUUGUCAACAUUUUUUCAAAUGUUCUAAUGAAUUGGUAGGUGGUGAGUAGAGCAGCUAAAAUGGUUUAUUUGAUCUUUGUCAGUCUGAACUGAUUUGUGGCAAGUAGAACAGGCUACAAGUUUUUCUAAGUACAUACAUUUUCGUAACAUUUUAUGUCACAGAGUAUUUCAGUUGUCUUUACCAAUACAAAUGAUGUGCAAGUUUGAUUAUUAACAAAUGUAAUAUUGUCCCUAAGUUUUUAUCUGCAUUUGGCUGGUCAUCCAUCUAAGGUUAGUUCCAGCAUCCUGUCAUAUGUUGCUGGGAUACUCUUUGGUCCCCCAACAACCAAUAUUGCUUUGAGAAUGUUGUAUUAUAUUUGAAAUGACAGAUUUAUACAUAUUAAUCCCACUCGAGACACCUUUUCUGAAAUUGCGGCCAUUGAAAAUCUUUGAGUCUGUACCACGUGCACCUGAAAAUUGCAGUUUUCAAUCUGUUCUUAUUAACCAAAUUUAUUAAGCUCCGUUGAGGUGUAUGAUUAACAGAAGGUUGUUAUUUCUCUGGUUAUAUAUUCUCAAAUGACGUGAGGUUCAGUGUUUGAAUGGCAACACCAAAACCUUGACUUUUUAUAAUUAAGCCACUCCACUGUGGCUUAUUGUCCACCUGAGCUGAAAGAUGAAUUUUCUCCAAAGUCCAAAACUGUUUACAUACACGAGAGGAU